UAGCUCGAAAUUACGUUAAAUAUAAUUAUUUAUAAUUAUGUAGACCAUUUUAAUAAUUGGAUUCUCAUUUCAAUGUUUUACAAUAUGAAAAAUUAUAACUGAAAAGUUAGUUGUGUCAAAACAAUAUAUACAAGUUGAACAUUGGUACUAUUGCUCAAAUAGGAUCAAGAGAGAACAACAAAACCUAAGUUGUCACUACGGAAAGGCGGAGCGGAAAUCACUAGUUGCUGCUUAAGGAGUAAUGUUAAUAAGUUGUAAAACUUAGUAUUGUUAUUGGAGGUAUAAAGAAACUAUGUGAGUGCUAUUCAUGCACGCAGUGAAAAAGAAAUGCAAACCACAGCUGUUCAAUCGGUUGUACCUAUUACGUCUCCAUCGUCUUUAACUGGUUCAGCAGCAGUAUCCUCAGAUUUCAACCCACUUGGACCAAUGGUUAUGUGUUCGUUUUUGCCUCGUGACUUUUUGGAGUGCAAAGAUCCAAUUGACCAUGAUAACAAUAAUACAGCCAGGGCAGUAAAAGGUUACGGAUGUCUACGUUUUGGAGGAUCUACGUAUGAAGAAGUGGAGCAUACAGAAGUUCUGUGCACWGUAUUUUCAGAUAUUGAUUGUUAUGGACCACGAACAUUUUUACGGGACGGUGUGCCCUGUGUGCGCUACACAGAUCAUUAUUUUGUGACCACACUUAUAUAUAGUAUUUUAUUAGGGUUCUUAGGUAUGGAUAGAUUUUGUUUAGGCCAGACAGGCACAGCCGUAGGAAAGCUGUUGACACUCGGUGGCGUUGGAGUAUGGUGGGUUAUUGAUGUUAUCCUACUUAUCACAAACAACUUGCUUCCAGAGGAUGGGAGCAAUUGGAACCCUUACAUAUAAGAUGGAAGUACAUAUAGUAUUUCCGAAAUAUUGUGAUAUUAUAAUAGAAUAAAAUUGUAAAUUUAAUCAUAA